GCUUGACUGUCCCACUCCCGCUUGACCCCCCUGCGUCACGUCCAUGGUGGCUCCUAGUCCUUCCUCCUCCUCCAGACGCUUUAAUCCGCCACACCAACAACCUUCUGCUAUUUCUGCUCCGUCUGAGGACAUUCUUCCAUUUCUCUACAAGAACGCUGGCAACCAGAACCGAGCCAGAGCGGCUGCGUGUGUGUUUCUGGCUCUGCUGGCUCUGCUGGCGCUGCUGGGGUGGGCGGAGGACAUCCGGGCUCUGCUUCCGGAACUUCCGCUGGAAACCACGGAAUUGAACAUUUGCAGGCGGCCAUGGAGAAGAUGAAGAGGAUGAAGAAGCGUCUGUCAUUGACGCUGCGCUCCAGCCACAGCGUAGACGAGUCUCUUUCAGAGCUGGCCGAGCAGAUGACCAUGGAGGAUGGCGGCACCAAGGACAAUGAACCUUUCAUGAGGAAUGUUGGCCCCGCCUCCUCCCACAGCAUGCAGUCCUUCCUGCAGCAGUACACUGCAUCAGUGUCCUUCAAGAAGACUCCACUGCGACGACCUCACUCUGUCACGCUCAUCACUGGCACCCUGGGCUCCUUCAUGGCCAUACCACGCAAUGGCACUCGCUUGGGCUCCUCCCACUUCGGCGCUGGUGCCAACUGA